AUGGACAGAGAAGAAGGUGGAACAUUGGCCAUGGGACGUGCAGAGAUUGAUACUGGAGCUCCAUUUAAGUCUGUUAAAGAAGCUGUUCUUUUGUUUGGAGAAAGAGUCUUAGUUGGAGAAAUCUAUGCCAACAAGCUCAAAGAGAUGCAAAAUGAAGUAAGUGAGACUGGAAAUGUACAACCCAAAGCUGGAGCAUUGGCAGCCGAGCUAGAAGAAACAAAGCGAAAACUCGAGGGAGUGAAAGAAGAAGCUAACUUGUUGUCUCAAUCUGCAAAGUCACUCGAGAAGGAACUUGAGCUGACAAAGAAAGAAUUGGAAGAGUCGAAAGUAAGAGAGAUGAAGUUGCUUCAAAGACGCGACGAUCCAGAGACAAAUGAAGAGAUUAAGUUUAUCGCCAACGCAACCAAUGUGGAAAUCAAGACACAAACUGAUGACGAUGAUAACGAGGAAACAGUUCAAAAGAGAAGAUAUGUGAAAUUUGCUAGUCCUCAUGUUUUAGCUCAAGUUAUUCCUAAUAAAGAUGAGUUACUUGGGAGACCUACUUCGGUUAAGAAAGGUAAGAAGAAGCCAGCAUUGAUGCCUUUGAUAGGAUGGCUUUUCUCAAAAAAGAAGGCAAGUUAUGAAGUUGAUCACUCUCCAAAAAGUUAA